UGACCAGCGUGAUGGUGUGCUAGCAAACAUAAAACCGAUUAAUUGAACCUUUUUUCACCAAUUUGUUGUAUAUUACUCUUAGUGUUUUGAACAUACUUCUGUUUACCUAUCUACUAGCUAAUUUCAACGUAAUUUGCUUGUGAAAUUAGCAACAUUGAUACAGCAUUUAGCUAAUCUCCCGGAGCAUAAACUCACUAAGCAAGACGGAGAAAGAAGCUUUCAGAAUGAAAAAGGAGAAAGAUGCCAUAACAUUGAAAGAAGAGACUGUAGUGAAAAAAGAGGAAGAACAUUUUGGAAUGAAAGAGGAGGCUACCUCAGUAAAAGAGAAGAACGACGUUUGGGGAGUGAAAAAGGAGGCGGAGGAGACUGAACAUCUGAUUACCACCAGAGAGGGACAAGACUAUGGUGGAUCCUCUGGGGAGCCUCAACAACAUCCUGAUGCUGACGAGGAAGAGAAGAGUCUCUCCAGAUCAGAACACCAGAUGGACAACGCUAGCCCUUCCUCCCUCCCGGAGUCCCUGUGUCGUGCCUCUCCCGGUAGCACCUUACUGCUGGGUAUGAAGAGGUUGUCUGUGCUGCUGGUGGACUGCAGGAAAACAACGGGGCUGAGUGGAACUGUGAGAGGAGGAGAAGUGAAGAAAGCAUCAGAUUUGACUAAUCAAGGAGGAAAACCGAACUUGGAGGAACCAGAGACGACCAAACCAGCAAGACGACACCUCUGCUCCCAGAUUGGAAAGAGUUUUACCAGGUUAGGAAGCCUGAACAGACAUGAGGGGGGACACACUGGAGAUGGGGAAAGUGACACAGAAUCACUACAGGACGAAGACGAGUCACUGAGCGAACACAGCUUUGACUCCCAGACGGAAGAUAUGUUUCUACACGGCGAGGACGUCGUUUUGGACUGUGCCAGGGACUCGGAUGAACAAUGGGACCCCACAAUGUCAAGGUGUCCAUCCCCCACUAAUUCAGACGCUGAAGCUGGUUCAUCCAGCUGGACCCCUGCUGCCUCCGGCUCCACCCCUUCCCCCGCCCGGCCAUCUAGAGGUGUGAAGAGACCAGCCCAGAAGCAGAGGAGGGCCAGUGAACCAGCGACAACUACCACCGAGGCAGAGGACCGUUGGCACACUGUGCUAGAAGAUGAUGUGGAGCCACUUCCACCAACAUUUAGACCGAGAAGGCAGCCGGGACCUCAGCUGGACAUGACUGCAGAGUACAGCCCCCGGCAUCUUUUCCAGAUGUUUUUCUCCUCGUCAGUUCUUGAUUCGCUGGUUUCUAACACCAACAAGUAUGGGGCUAAGAAACAAGCAGGCAAGAAAGAGGCCUGGAAGCCCAUUUCCAUCCAAGACCUGUACUGUUACAUCUCAAUGGUUAUUUACAUGGGGUUGGUGAAGUUGAAAACCCUGAAGAGCUACUGGAGAACGUCAACACUCUACCAACUGCCUUUCCCCACCACUGUCAUAUCCUGUAAAAGGUUUCUGACUAUCUCGCGGGCCCUUCAUAUCAGUGACCCACAAGUUGACGACGACAACGACAAGAAGCGAGGCACAGCAAGCUUUGACAGGCUCUGCAAAAUCAAACCUCUCUACUCCAGCAUGGUUGAGGCCUGCAAGACCCAUUUUCAGCCCAGCCAGAACCUGUCCAUAGAUGAGAGGAUGGUAGCCUCAGAGGCCAGAGAUGGCCUCAGACAACGUAUGUGUAACAAGCUGUGUGGCUACAAACUCUUUGUUUUGGCCGAUUCUGCGUGUGCCUACACUUGGAAUUUGUUUGUUUGUGAGGGGGAAAGCAGUUUUGCGACCGGUAAGGGACUCAGUUAUGAUUCCGUUAUGGAGUUGUUGGAUUUUCAACUGCUGGGGACGGGCUACAAACUGUUUGUGGAUAACUUCUACACAAGCCCUACCCUGUUCACAGACCUGAGGAAGCAGGAUGUGUGGGCUUGUGGCACCAUCCGUACCAACAGGCAGGGCUUUCCGAAAACCAGGGAGAAUGACAUGCCUAAGAGGGUUGAUCGGGGGACCAUGAGAUGGAUCCGUGAAGAUGGCCUGCUGUUUGUGAAGUGGAUGGACACCAGAGAGGUGGCGAUGUGCUCCACUAUCCACAAAUCGUUCAGUGGCGAUCACGUCAACAGGCGUGUGAAGGAUGCCAAUGGUGCAUGGACCACCAAAAGGGUCCCCAUUCCUGCUGCUAUAAAGGAUUACAACAAGAGCAUGGGAGGUGUGGACCAGUCAGACGCUCUGCUUGGCUACAACAAUGUUCUCCACAAGACCAUGAAAUGGUACAGGACAUUGUUCUAUCACUUCAUCGACAUUGCUGUGGUGAAUGCAUUCAUCCUUCAUAAGGAAAUGGCUAAGAGCCGUGGACAGACCUCCAUGACACAGCGAGCCUUCAGAGAGCUGCUCAUCCAGGAGCUUGCUGGCGACAACGUGUCCACUGCGUCACAUUCUGUCCCUUCUACUCCUGCCACCAGUGGUGUUCACAUUCCCAAAUUCUUAUCGGCAGGCAUGAAUGUGCCUCGGGGUAAAAAGGGCACCGUGGGGAGGCGUCGUUGUGUUCUGUGUCACAGGAAAGGCCCUGUCGCCUGCACCACUUGUUCUGUUACCCUCUGCUUUACACCAGAAAGAGACUGCUAUGGGCCUUGGCAUCAGCAGCAGGAUAUUAUUGUGUAGAGGACUGAGACUGUUAUGGGCCUUGGCAUCAGCAGCAGGAUAUUAUUGUGUAGAGGACUGAGACUGUUAUGGGCCUUGGCAGCAGGAUAUUAUUGCGUAGAGGACUGAGACUGUUAUGGGCCUUGGCAUCAGCAGCAGGAUAUUAUUGUGUAGAGGACUGAGACUGUUAUGGGCCUUGGCAUCAGCAGCAGGAUAUUAUUGUGUAGAGGACUGAGACUGCUAUGGGCCUUGGCAUCAGCAGCAGGAUAUUAUUGUGUAGAGGACUGAGACUGCUAUGGGCCUUGGCAUCAGCAGCAGGAUAUUAUUGUGUAGAGGACUGAGACUGCUAUGGGCCUUGGCAGCAGGAUAUUAUUGUGUAGAGGACUGAGACUGCUAUGGGCCUUGGCAUCAGCAGCAGGAUAUUAUUGUGUAGAGGACUGAGACUGUUAUGGGCCUUGGCAUCAGCAGCAGGAUAUUAUU